AUGCCCAUGAUGAUCGGGUCAGCCACCAUCCCUUGCACCGGAUCAUGGGAAGCCCGCACUGGCAUAUCAUGGCAUCCCAGGAGGCGACAGAGGGACCGUCUGGGAGUUUCUCGCCCUCUAUGUCGACUGCAGCGCCGCGAACAGGUGUCUGUCGGCAUCCCCGCAGCCACGACCCUCCCUGGGCACUCGACUGCACCGGCCUUCCGGCUGGUCCCCUCCUGGGCACUGGGGUCCGGGGUGGUGUUGCUGGUGCUGGCCUUUGACCAGCUGCGGCGGCAGUGGUGGAGGCUGGCGCAGCCCCAAGGGGGGCUGGCAGCGCUCCACGAGUCGGCGCAGGACAGGGCCUGGGCAUUGGAGUCGGAGCUGGGGUCCCUCUAUGUCAGGCUGUGCAGGGGCCUGCCCCGCCACGCUACCAGCGAGCUCAAGGCGCUGGGGGCGCGAAUCUCCCGCCUGGAGGCCGAAGCAGAUCGCGACGGCGAGGCGCCCGACCAUCUGCGACGCUGCGCCCAGCUGUCCAGGGCGCAGCUGGAUGUCCUAGAGGCGGCAGGCGCGGAUGUCUCCGCGUAUGCCCCCCUCCUGGCCUCCUACUUUGAUCAGCGGGCCCUCGUGAGCAAGGUGGAGGGCAUGGUGCGCUCCCUGGCAGGGCCACGCGCGGCUGGCCAGGCCGGCGAGGCGAGGACACCCGCGGUAGAUGGCACGCCCACAUUUGAGACCCAGGAAAGUGACUUCCAGAGUGGGAGUUCCCCGGGUGGGGCUGUCCAGGAACCCCGACAGGCAGAGGAAGACGACGGCGCGACAGCCCAGCCCUCCCGAGGAGAUGCCCAGCUCGUGGGCGGCAACGUGCGGGAGGGAAUCCUUGCUCCUGGGAUCACAGGACCAGCUCCUCCUGGGCCGCAACCUGAGGCGGUCCUGGUUGACGUGGCGGAGAAUGGAGGAACGGAGGGCCCAGGUCGGUCUGACAUGCAAGGGAGCGAGCAACAGCCCGCCACCAGCCAGUCGGCGCCGCCUGCAGUGAUUCCAGAGCCGGCGCCCUGGCCACAGUCCGCAGUACCCGAAGGCGCGCCGGCAUCGGUCCGUGAUCCAUCCGAAGCUGCUCCGUCUGCCGGACCCGACCCUGCUGGGCGGGCCGCCCCUCCCGCUCCCUCAGCACCCCGGCUUACGGUGGUCGGGGGAGCUGCCAUGUCCCCCCACCCCGCCAAGCAGAAGAUGGGCGGCGAGGACGCUUUCUUCCUGGGCAGAAGCGCCUUUGGCGUGGCCGACGGGGUGAGCGGCUGGGCCGACUACGGCAUCGACCCCUCCCUCUACCCCCGGGCCCUCAUGGCCUCCUGCGCCCAGCUGGCGGACAGCGGCGACGGCGCCCCGCUCUCCACGGCGGCGCUGCUGGAAAGCGGGCACGAGGCCGCGCAGGAGCCCGGCAGCGCCACCGUGGUGCUCGCGCAGCUCGACCCCGCCCGAUCCACCCUGGACAUGGUCUGCCUGGGCGACUGCAGGGCCUGGGUGGUGAGGGACGGGCAGGUGGUGCUCGAGACGGAGAUCCAGGAGCACGAGUUCAACCAGCCCUUCCAGCUGGGCCAUGGGGAGUAUGGGGGCAACUGGCCGCAGGAUGCCAACCAGUACAGCGCCGACCUCCUGCCGGGGGACCUCCUGGUCCUGGGCUCCGAUGGUCUGUUUGACAACCUGUGGCAGGAGGACAUGCUGGAGGUCAUCCGCACGUGCAUGGAGGAAGGCGCCGGCCUGCCGUCGCAGGGGGAAGACGGGCGGCGGCAGGUGGUCCAGGCCAUCGCCGACCGGCUCACGAGCCUGGCAGCACGACGCUCCACCAAUCCCAGGGCCUCGACCCCCUGGGCCAUUGAGAGGCACCAGAGGACGGGGAACCCCCUGACCAAGCUCUGGUCCAAACCCCUGGGCGGGAAGACUGACGACAUCACCACCGUCGUCGUCGGCGUGUCCUGA